AUGUCUUUUUCAUCUAAUUCAACAUUUAAACACAAGAAAUAUGGACCAGCUAAAGUCAAUGUCGAUAUUGCAAAACGUAAUCAGAGACAAGAGCUUACUGUUACUAUUCCAGUGUCAACUGAAUGGAAAGGUGCAAUGAGACAUAAUGGGGGAAGAGAUUACAGUGAUGUUCACACCAUUUCGAUUUUAUCCAUGCUUGCUGGUUCUAGACAAUUUAUAGAAAUGUGUGAUUGUUUUGAUCAAUUUAAAAUUAUGGAUGUUCAUAUUUGUGGUGAUGUUAGUAAAGGAGUAUCUACAUUAAUGAAUUUCAAAGUAUGUUUUAUAAAGAGUCUUUCACUUCAAGUAAGUACAGAUAAUGGAACAAAUUGGAGGGAUAUUACUGCGGCUGAAUUAUUAGCUGAUAUUAAUAAGGAAUUUUUCUCUGACAGAAGAGCUGGAGAUUUUAUUAUUUAUUAUAAUACGAAUUUUUAUAUUGGAAAACCAGAAACCAGUGCAAAUGGAGCAGUAAUUGCCACACAGGUGCUCAGUUUUCCAACUGUUUAUGGUUUAGCUAGUCGUCGUACUGUUCCUCCUGGUUUUUUUACUCCAAGUCCUACUGGUGUUUCAUAUGUAGAACCUAGUUUUGAUGUUCUUUCUUCUUAUUCUUCUUUUAUAUAUCAGAGCAAGUUGCCUGGUGCUAGUUUACAUCUAUCACUUGAUGUUGCUGGUGUGUCUUCUAGUGAAAAAAUGAUGACAACACCUACUAUGAUGGCAGGAAAGUUAUAUAAAUUUAUUCCAGAGAAUCAAAAUGGACGUUUUUUCCCUUUUAUUAUGUAUGGUGCUAAAGCUACUCUUCCUACUGGUGCUGGUGAUAUUACAGAUGCUCUUUCUUUUAUUGAUGAUGGUGGUAUUUCAUGGACUAGUAAUCAAGGAAUACCACAAGAGGAAGAGGAAAUUAUUUUAAGUAAUGCCAAUGUCGAUUUACAGGAUGUUAUUCUCGAUAAUGUGAAAAUAAAAGUCCAUGUUAGACGAGGGAUUGUAGUUGGAGGAUUUGAGGGAGCAGAUGCUGGAGUUUUUGAGGAGGCAUAUAAACAGGCACUUGCAGACAAUACCACUGUUGAGACUGAUGGUUCAUAUAUUAUGAAAAUUAUGGGGUAUAUUACAGUGAGAUUUAAGCAAUUGCGUUCAUCUCCUCUUGAGAUUGUUGAAGCAUAUAAUUUUACGGAUGCAUUGAAACGAUAUGGUGUUGAAAACAUUCCAGUUGAUACUUUCUUGACUCUUGGCUCUCUUGCUGAAGGAACGGGUAUUACUUCUUAUGCAUGUAAUAUGGUUAAAAAGGGAGUUAAGAAUGUAAUUGGUCCAUUAGUUGAAAGUGUCAUUUCUGAUGCUGUACCUGGUUAUAAUACCGCUAAAGUGUUGGUAGGAUAUGCUUAUACUGGUAUUUCUGAAGGUAUGGAGUUUAUUGAUAAUAAUACGUAUUUGAGUGCUGGUCGAGAUGCUUUGGAAUCUGUCUUAAUUGGUGGGUUGAGGAAAGUCGCAGGUGAUAAAGUUGUCGAUUUUUGCGGUAAUGUUACUUCAUUACUUUCAAAGACUAUAUCACUCUUUAAUUAG